AUGUUUGUGUACAUACUUCAUCCACUGUACGUGAACGAGCGAUGCGUCAUUAAACCAAAUUUAUUUGUUUGCGAAAAGUUCGAUCAGGCAAAACAAAAGCUAAUAGCCAAAGUAUUUUCUUUUUUGAGCGAAUCUUCAACGCGUAAUUUUGUAUUCGCAAAUUAAAAACAAGCAAAACAGUAUUACAUUCAUCGAUAAAUAUGGGUCUGUUUGGUAAAUCACAUCAACGCGAUCCCAAAGAACAAGUGAAUGAAUGGUGUCAUAAAAUCCGCAAAGAGGGAUAUCAAUUGGAACGUCAGGUGCGUGCAAUCAAAAAUGAAGAGGAAAAAGUGAAGCGUGCAUUGAAGCAGGCCGCUGCCAAAGGUGAUAAAGAUACAUGUACCAUUCUUGCAAAGGAAAUUGUCCAUUCACGCAAAGCGACGAAUCGGAUUUUCUUGACAAAGGCACAUCUCAACUCGGUGCAGUUACAGAUGAAAAACCAAUUGGCAACGCUGCGUGUAGCCGGCUCACUGGCCAAAUCCAACGAAGUGAUGACAGCGAUGCAAAAUCUGGUUCGUGUCACGGAAAUUUCUGGAGUUAUGCGUGAAAUGUCAAAAGAAAUGACAAAAGCAGGUAUCAUUGAAGAGAUGCUAGAAGAAACGAUGGAUUCAAUCGAAGACACCGAAGAAUUGGAGGAAGAGGUUCAAACUGAAGUCGAUAAGGUGCUUUAUGAGAUAACUGAAGGUAAACUUGGCGUUUUGGAACCACCACCAACCACACCAGCUGAACCCGCCCGAAGCAGAGAUCAACCCAGCACGAGUAAAGUGUCUGAGCCAGAAGAAGAGGAAGAAGAAGAUCUAACCGAGAUGGCUCAGAGACUUGAAGCCUUACGAUCUUAAAAAAAAUUCCUUUUAAAUCCUAUGCAAAUGUUUCAACAGCUGCUGAGCUGGGGUGAGAACGUUACCCGUUCAUGAACACACAACUUGCAGUGGAAAUAGAUUGAAAUCAAACUAACAGUAAAGAAAAAACAGGAUAUUUUCAUAAACAUCGAUGUUUUGUUGCAAAUCGAUUCUGUAGAUUUUAUGUACUGCUUUGUGAUGUAUGAAUAUUAUAAUAUAUAAACGAAAACGAACAAGAUUUUGAAUGGAAUUGAGUGCGUGCACAUGUAACUAACAUUCACAAUUUACUGUCAAAUGCAAUAUUAUUUAGCAUCUCCAAACAGAAAUUAAACAAACAAAUAAUAAGCUUUCAGUUUCAUGACAUUGAAAACGAAUUGGAUUUUGUGUCAGAGUAUCCAUUACUUGAUUUACGUUAUUUUAAUUUAUUCUUUGUUUUGCUAGAUAAAUAAAUUGCAAAUCAAACACAUUUUUAAUAAAGAGUAUUUGAAAUUAUAUACAAUUACUGUAAA